UGUCUCAAGCUUGACGGAAAUGAACCAACGUAUCAGUAGUGAAGAUGUACUCUGCCUAAUCUGUCUUCUUCAGGCUACUAACAUGGCCAUUAAACAUAAGUCCAGUGAAUAUUCAGCGUCGUAAAGGUUUUCGUUUACGUUUAAGUGGGAUGGAUCCGUCGCGGAGGAGUGAAGGUGAAUGGCAGGGAAUGGUCAACGAGUUCCUCAUUUGUAAGCGCAAGUUGGAGAGCAAGAAGGAAGCGCUCCUGAUCCUGUCCAAGGAGCUGGACACGUGCCAGCAGGAGAGGGAUCAGUACCAGCUGAUGGCCAAUCAGCUUCGAGAGCGCCACCAAGGACUCAAGAAGAAGUACAGAGAACUCCUAGAUGGAGAUCUGUCUCUGCCCCCUGAAAAACGCAACCAAGUGAAUUUAGCUCAGCUCCUGAGAGACUCCAAAGAAAAAAGCAAUGAUCUCUGUGAGGAGGUGAAGGAGCUGAAACAACGGCUGGCAGAAGCACAGGGAGACAACAAGCUGUUACGAAUGACCAUCACCAAGCAAAGGCUGGGAGAUGACGAGGUGGGAGCUCGCCACUUCCCAGCGCACGAGCGCGAGGACCUGGUCAAACAGCUGGAGAGAGCCAGAGAGCAGAACCAGGUGCUGGAGCACAGCGUGAAAUCCCUCAGCGACGAGCUGCAGGACGUGCGGGCGGAGCGCCACGUGUUCCAGCAGAAAGCUCACCGCCUCAACGUGGAGAUGAACCACAUCGUUGGCAACGACGCUGUGCGGAUGGUGGACAUCGAUGCACUCUGCAUGGAGAACAGAUAUUUGCACGAUCGCCUGUGUCAACUUUCGGAAGAGGUCGCCUUGCUCAAAACUAAUCUGGGCAAAUACAAGAGUGCAUUGGAGUGCAGGAAGAACACCAAAGCGUGUGGGAAGACUAACAGUAGUGCACUCACUGGAGUGCUCUCAGCUAAGCAAGUGAAGGAGCUGCUGUCUGAGGAAAGCGGCUGCACGUUGCCCGUUACUUCCCAGUCCAUCUCGGACCUGAAGUCUCUGGCCACCGCUCUCCUAGAAACCAUCCACGAGAAGAACAUGCUGAUUCAGCACCAGCGGCAAAUUAACAAAGUGCUUGGAAGUCGAGUUGCAGAACUGGAAAAAAAGCUUAAAACUUUGGAGACGUCAGGAGUGUGGAGCCUGCCAGGCCUGACUUACCACGUGUCUGUGGGCAUUUGUGGAAAGCGGAAAGACCUGCAAGCAAGCCACACCACAGGAGAGUCAGAGAAGAAGGCUUCAUCAGGUGUGCCAACAGAACUUCCUGGGACGCCGCCACCACCUUCGUCAUCAUCAUCAUCAUCAUCAUCAUCCUCAUGGGAGGAGCCAGUGGCGCAUCAGACAAGUAGGGAGGAGCCUCCUGAAGGUGACAUGAACACAGUCCUCCUACCUAAGCCUUUAGAGCAGCCCUCGGUGACAUGUGACCUCACCAAAAGAGGAGGAGCAAAAGAGGAAGAGGGAGUAGAGAGUGUGGAAACACCAUGCAUCAUCCUAGAGGAACGUGGCGACCAGCAGCAGGACCACAAUACGCCGCCUUCUCCCUGACAAACUUCAAAACAAGACACUUGUCAGCGCACAGUACACCAGGAAGUCCACUGAGGGCCACACACAGUACACCAGGAAGUCCACUGAGGGCCACACACAGUACACCAGGAAGUCAACUGAGGGCCACACACAGUACACCAGGAAGUCCACUGAGGGCCACACACAGUAGACCAGGAAGUCCACUGAGGGCCACACACUGAAACAUGAAAGCAUGCAGGGGCCAUUUUGAUAUUUGAUCUUUUCAAAAGCAAUUGAAUAUAUAUUGUAACCCCUCAAUGUUGGUGAAUGUUAAAGUCCCCGGGGACCCAAAAGGGUCUCAGUCAUUCAAGUGUUAAAAAUAAAUCAUAUAUUUAUAUUU